AUGCGCGUUCUUUUGCCUCUCAGAAAAGUAGCAUCGGAAGCACAAGCAAGCAAUUCAGACCUUCUCGAACUGGAAGAGGCUGAUAGGCAAGAACUAGACCUCGCUGACCAGGUAUCGGAUGAAAACGUACUUCCAGUGUCUUCCAAACAUCCAUCAUUUCGUAAAGGACAAAUAACCCUCGCCACUGUUGACACAAGUGAAGGGAAACAUCAUCGACUGGAGCAACAAAUACAUCAAAAGGCAUCAAUACGAGAAGCCAAAAAGCAGGCUAUUGAUUUGUCGAAAGAAACUAGGCGGAUACAGGCUACAGAAACUCCAAUCGUUACUGGAAACAAGAAAGCUGAUCUGUCAUCUUUCCACGAACGAAGCUUUCAUAAACGAAAACCACUUCAUCCAGAAGUAGAUACCAAAGUAUCGCGCAAACGUCCUACACUCGAUAGAAAACCGGCAGCCAAAGCUACAAUGGUUGCCCCAGGGAGAAGCAGUAAUUGGUCGUAUCAUCGCGAUCAUGGAGAUCGAGAAGACUCGGGCAGUCGAACCGUUUCGAAUGGGCUCUUGGUCAAUCGUCACUCGCCUCGAUCAGAUGACGACUUGCCGUCAUCUCCAGAAUCAGACGUGGACUUUGAGACUGCGUUGAAAAAGCAAGGAUUGGAAAUACGAGAACAGGCUGGAGAUGGCAAUUGUUUGUUUCGAGCUGUGAGCCUACAAGUAUAUGGUGAUCCUUCCAUGCACAUGGACGUUCGCAAGCAGUGCAUGGAUCAUAUGGAACGGGACAAGGAACAUUUCUCCAUGUUUGUCACUGGUGAACCAUUUGAUGCAUAUGUGGAGCGGAAACGCCAAGAGGGUGUUCAUGGAAACAACCCUGAAAUUCAGGCGAUAAGUGAACUAUUCAAUAGACCGGUGGAAGUAUUUUGUCCUGACAACGGAGCUAGCCCACUGAAUAUUUUCCACGCGGAAUACAAGACGGGUGAUGCUCCCAUCCGUCUCAGCUAUCAUGAUGGCAACCACUACAAUGCUGUCGUCGAUCCUCUAGUACCAACUGCUGGUCUCGGCCUUGGUUUGCCAGGUUUGCAGCCAGGUCUUGCUGACAAGCUUCAGAUGUCCAAGGCUGUGGCAGAGUCGGAUGCGAUUGCGGAUCAAAAGCAAUAUGAGAAGGCACUCAAGGACUCAGAGGAUGAUGAGGUGCAGCGAGCACUCAAGGAGAGCCAAUUAUCUGCUGAGCACCACUCCAGUCAUGAAGCAUUGGCACAAUCCGACAUGGAUGCUACUUAUUUUGACUUGGAACAAGCGGCGCUUGAACGGUCAAUGCAAUCCUACAUUAGUUUUGAACAUGAAAAGAAGCAGUGUGCUUCUAACAGCGCACGACAACGAAGCGCAGCUCAAGAAUCGCCCAAUAAUGCAACCUCUGCUACUGCUAUUAUUCGAGACGCUUUGCCAUUGGAGGCAUCCGUGCCGACCUCCAGCGCUGUUGCAUCACUUCCCACUGCAUUAGCAUCUUCUCCACUCGUCGCAGCCGCGGCGUCCAUGCCUUCUGCAGAAGCGUCUGACGACCACUUUGUUCCUCCACCAUCUGCUUCCACGGACGUCUAUCCACACACGGUCCAAGAACUUGUCAUGAACGGUUUUGAAUUGCAAAAAGUAAUGCGAGCCUACGAACUGGUAGGAGACAACUUUGACGAGCUUCUCACAUUUUUAGUUUCCAAUUCAUCACGAUAA